CAUUUUAUUUUUUCUCCCGUACCAAAGCGGUGCUGCGUCCAACGGCCGCGAUCUCUCCGCCGAGUCAAAGAGUCCCCCGGUCGCCGCCCAGCCCCGCGCGGACCCCCGGGGCAUAGCAGCGGAGUCUGUAAUUACAACAGCAAAAGCUGAGUGGAUGUUUCUUCAAAUAAGUCCCAAACAAUGUUGAGAGGAUCUAAAACUCCCCUGAAAGUUAAAGAAAAUGAACAGCAGGAAGAGGCCUCUUGCCCUCUGCCAAGAGCCCAGAAGAGCUGCAGAGUGACCAAAUCCAAAGCCAUCAGAGCAUCCAGGAAGGAGAAUUUCACUGAUGGGAGCCAGGCACGGUCACCAAAACGUGCCCCGAAGUGCCCCAAAGGCCCCGAGGAGAAUCUGUGUCCCCUGCAGGGGGCUGCUGUGGGCUGGCAGCUCCCUGGGGGCUGCUCUGGGGGGGAUGUGCUGCUCACUGAGCCCCCCUUGCCCACCAGGGAGGGUUUGUCCAGCAGCCCAGCUGUUCCCUUGGGAAGUGACUUCUGCACCCCUGAGAGGGACAGAGUGGAAGGAGAAGCUGCUUUGGGGCUCUCAGAGCAGAGGAAGAAGCCCAUGGCCAUUGGUGCUGUGAUCAGUGCUGAGUGUGGGAUUGCUCAGCAAAGUCCUGGAACACGAGCCACAGGGGCUUCCCCAACUUCACUAAAAUUCAGGAGAAGAUCAACCAUUGGCUUGAGGGGAUCACCAGAGAACAACACCCUGAUCAGGUUCCUGGCCCAGCAGAGGAGCAGCAGGCACAGAGAAGCUUUCACCCAGAUCAGUCCUUUCAAACCUGCAAGUGUGAGGUCGCUGAAGGACAAGAUCAGCAUUUUCCAGGCCUCCUUUGAGUCCCUGCAGGAGGCUGAGGGGGAGCCUGGGCUCCCAUACCUGGGAGCUUCCUCUCAGGACAAAGCACCUUUUAAAAAAGAGCCAGACCUGGAGCAGUGGAGUGGAAAGUUCAUGCUGGGCAACAGAGGAGCUGCUUUAAAAGAGAAUUUCAGAGAAAAUGGGACCCAGAGCAGCAGGAGUGAGCUCAGGAUCUGCAGCAUCUUGUCCCCACAACGAGCUGUGACUGUCACUGCUGCCAAGGAAUGGGUUUGUGAGCAGCAAAAUCCUGUUCAAUCCUUGGACCCUGCUGUAACUGGGGAGACCCUGGAAAGAGACCAUGUGUCCCAGCUGGGUGCUGGCUCUGCAGGGGCCGGCUGGGAGCCCAUUGGCCCUGGGGGUGCUGUGCCAGCCCCCAGCAGGAGCUGGGCUGGGGAAGGUGGGAGCACUCCCAGCACUGCCCUGGGCCACAGCAGCUCCCUGCUCAGAUCCAUCCUGAAGAAAACCCCAGCCAAGGAGCUCCUGGCCAGCCCCAGGGCUGACUCAGGGCCUGCACCAAGGAGGAGCUUCCAGGAAUAUUUAAACAGUGCCACUGAUGGAGGAGGAGAUGAAUCUGCUGCAGUCUCCAAUUGUGUAAAAGCCUCUGAAACACUGCAAACAGAGAGUGCUGACAGCUCCAAAACACCCAAGAAGAAAAAAGUGACUUUUGGGGAAGUUCUGAGCCCCGAGAUCUUUGACCAGAGCCUGCCUGCCAACACCCCCCUGCGCAGAGGAGCCUCCCCAGGGAGGGGCCAGAGCCCCUGGGCACGGCCAGGCCUCCCUGAGGAGCCUCUGCCCCUGCUGGACUUUGGCUGGGAUGAGGAAGGUGUUGAGCCUCUCCCAGAGCUCCUGGAAGGUUCAGAAGCCCCUGCAGAAGCCCCUGCCCCUGUUGAAAUUGCAGAAAUUGCAGAAGUAGCAGAGACUGACAAACCUGACGUGGUAACAACUCGUUCUGCUGCUAAGAGGAAGGUGCCCCCAAGCACCCAAACCUGUUCCCAGCAGUGCAGGGCCGUGGCUCAGGACCCUGAUGGGAGCAGCUCAGGAGCCACAAACACUGAGAACAACAAGGACACCAAAAACCCAGAAAGGAGCAAGAUCCAGAGACAGAGGAAUCCAAGCACAGCUGUUCCCAAGAAGGCCCAGAGAAAAACCCGCCCAAGCUAUGGGAAAAGAAGAAAGAAAAAAGUCAAGGAAUCUUUGUAUGGGGAAAGAGAAAUGGCUUCUAAGAAACCCCUGCUCAGCCCUAUCCCUGAAAUCCCAGAGGUUUUCUCUUCUGUGUCAUCUCCAGACUCACCAAAGGCAGAUGCACUUCUUACAGAGGGUGCCGGUGUGGGUGAGCCCACCUGCAGGGGCAGUGCCCAGCAGCCCCAGGCUGGCAGGGUGCAGGGGCUCUGGGCAGCUGCUCCGUGCCCGGGGCUCCUGGGGGAGGCAGCAGCCGCCAGCCCUGCAGACUCUGCGGUGCCAGGGAGCCUGGAGGCAGCUCCUGAGUUUUCAAAUACUGUCCCAGAUGCAGAAGGUGAUUUUGAUACAUCUGAUUAUUUCCAGCGAGGCAAAGAGACUCCAUGUGAAAAAGAAGCAAAAGAAAGCAGUUCCUUGAUAGAAAAGGAAGAAUUACAAAGAAAUCUUCUAACUGAGCUUGAAAUUGUGGAACAACAGGAGGUACAGGAGGGUGCCCAGAGAGCCAGGUGUCCUCAGAAGGAUUCUGUCAGACAUGAGCCAGCAAGGAGAAGAAGAAGAAGCAGCAGUGCCUUCUGCUUCCCUCCUGUUGAGAACCUGGCAGUGCCUGGGGCUGACCCUGCAGUUUGCUCUUACAGCGUGGAGGAGGUGCUGGCAGUGCCCCAGGGCAGGGGGAGCCGCGGGGCCGGCGCGGAGCUCCGGGUGAGGCGCAGCCUGAGGCUGAGCAGGGACGGGGCCGGCUCGGGACUGGCCUGGAUCGAGGUGCCCAGGGAGCCUCCCCUGCCCGCUGCUCCCAGAGGCAGCAGACGCAGCAGCACCUCCGUCCUGGCCGGGCCUGGGAAUGUUCACAGGGAGCAGAAGCUCCUCCCCCUGCCAGCCCCGGGCAAGGAGAGUGAGGGCUCUGCUCCCCUCGCUGCAGCUCCUGCCAGGAGGUGGAGGAGGAGAAGCCUCUGUGAAGCCACAGCUCAAGAAACGCCCUGGGCUCCCACCCAGAGAAGGAGAAGCACAAAUUCUGUGUGUGGGAAGAGCAGGAGUGACCAAAACCACUCAGGAGCAGCAGGAGAAGCACAAAUUCUGUGUGUGGGAAGAGCAGGAGUGACCAAAACCACUCAGGAGCAGCAGGAGAAGCACAAAUUCUGUGUGUGGGAAGAACAGGAGUGACCAAAACCACUCAGGAGCAGCAGGAGAAGCACAAAUUCUGUGUGUGGGAAGAACAGGAGUGACCAAAAACACUCAGGAGCAGCAGGAGAAGCACAAAUUCUGUGUGUGGGAAGAACAGGAGUGACCAAAACCACUCAGGAGCAGCAGGAGAAGCACAAAUUCUGUGUGUGGGAAGAGCAGGAGUGACCAAAACCACUCAGGAGCAGCAGAAACUCUUGAGCUGAGCUUGAAGGAUGUUUCAGGCAUCUCUGGUUUUCUGAAGUGAAGGUGCUUCUCAGGCCUUGUGUUGUGUCUCAAGUGCAGUUUUCUUCUUUCCCACUUGUAUUUCCUCACUUAUUUUCUUAUUCAUUUUCUGGAUAACUUAGAACUCAUUUUCCUUGCUUUGAUGCCUAAAAUGUUUGAAGAUCUGAACUGUUUGGCAUUGGUCUGGUUAUGGCAGGUAAUGAAGAGAAUUAAAAAAUUCUUCUCCCUGAUAAAUGUGGGUUUGUUUUUAGCAGUUAAACCAGAACCAAACGUGUCCUUCCAGCCACAAUUGCUCCAAGGCUUUGUUUCCUGUGUGUGACCAUUCCCUAGAAAUUGCUCUUGAAAUCUGCAUAUAUUUUCUUUUAGAUUGCAAAACUGCACUCACAAGAGAUUGUCUGCAAUGAAUAAAGGAAUCACUUCCUCCUCUUCCCUUUCAAGAAGUGGGGAACCUGUUUCUACCUUCUGGAGAGGCUUUGGGCAUGAGCAGAGGUGGAGUCAGAGUGAGAUUUAGUGUUAGAGUUCAUGAAGUAUUCUCUGAUGUAAAGGGUGGUCAUUAAAGAAAAAAAAAAAGCUUUUAGAUAUUUAUUUGUGUAAAAUUCAUCUGACAAAUGAAACUGGCUGAGGGGAGAGAAGCAUUGGCUGGGCUUCAUUUCCAGCCCUGUGUGUGUCCUGAGCCCAUCCCCUGCUGGCCCCGGUGGAACAGAGAGUGAGCUCUGCAGCUGCUCUGCUCCAGCCUCUGCUGCUGCUUUCAUUUUUCAGCUGGGCUGUUCCAGCCCUCAGGGACGCCCGUGCCAGCCUGGAGGAAAUGGCUUUGUGUCCAAUGCAGUCCCUUCUGUGACUGCUUUGUGCCAUGAGUGAUGUGGGAUAAAAUCCUUGAUGUACUUAGCUGCUUUUAUAGAGCUUGAAAGAAACCAGAGCAGUUGGAUUUUUAUACCUCUUGCUCCCAAGACAAGAAUUCCUCAAGCAACUUGAAAGAAACUGCACUGUUUAAGCUGUUUGAGUUCCAGAAUCAUUGGGGUUGGAAAAGAGCUUUAAGAUCAGAGUCCAGCACUGCCCUGUGGCCCAUAAACCACGUCCCCAAGUGCCACAUCUCCAUGUCUUAAAUCCCUCCAAAAACAGUUGCCUUAAUGUUUGGCUUGGGGAUUUGCUUUGGGGUUGGUUUGGAAGCAGACUGGAGAGUUGUGGGCUGGAUGCUGAGCUUGGCUGCCAGGAGAGGGCAGCCUGGGCUGGGAUUUCUGCUUGGAAGGGAAAGAACAUCAUGGACAAAACCUGAGAGGCUGGCUGAGCUUAUCAUGUAGAGCUUAAAGAAUGAGUAAAUGAGUAAAAAUAGCUGCACCUUUUACUGUUCAAAACAAAGCAACUGAGCUGUGCACUGGAAUUAAACUGGGCUGGAAUCAGGUGGGAGUUUGAUCUGGAAAUCACUUUGUGCCUGAUCAGUCAGGUUGUACCUGAGCUGUCUGGGUCUCUCUGUGCAGCUUUUAGGUACCAAAUCCAGCCCUGGGUGACACUGGGGCUGUCACACCCUGAAUGCCAGGCACCAGUGAGACCAAGGCGUUGUAAAGGAGGGAGAGACAAUGAAUCCGUGUGUUUGUACAAGAGGGAGAGGAAGACACAGUGAAUUGGUGUGUUGGGCACAGGAGGGUUCGUGCCCAGUGUGCCAGAGCUCUGGGGGUGCUGCCUGAGGCAGCCCCAGCAGCACAGGGAGCUCUCCCUCCCUCAGGAUCCCUCAGAGGCUCCCCGGGUGCACGGGAGGUGGGAGGAGGAGAACAAGGGGAAAAUAUAGCCCAAAAUAAAGCUUGGAUUUUCCUCCUGGCACAGCUGGGUGGAAAAGGGGUGUUGGGGAUCAUUUGUGGAUGCUUGAUAGCGGUGACAGGGUGAGGAAACCCACAAGAAAGGAGGAGGUUGCAGUUUGUUCCAAGACAUGUCUACUACUUUAUGCUGCUUUUUAUUUCCUUUUGUCCUUCUCUGGAUAGAAUUGAUCCUCAAAAUAUUUUGUUUUCUUAAUCUGGAGAGGAUCUGAACAAGUGUUCAGCUGUGCAGAGGUGGGGGGCAAUAAUCUGUUCUCCAUAUCUGCCCUGAGAAGGACAAGAGAUGUGAUUUAGUC